AUGGGAAAGCGAGGAGGCAAGAAGGGUUCACGCGGCGGUGCCCGUGGAGGCGCAACUCGCACGCGCUCCCAGUGGAACGAUAUCGCCAAGGAUAACGAGAAAUUCGAGCGCUACUACAAUGAGCCCGAAUUCCUCCCAGAGGAGGAGCGGGAUGUGUUCUGGGCGACAAUGCGCAAAGACCUUCCUAACAGUUUCCGUUUCACUGGUUCACGAGGACACGCCCUGGCUGUCCAGCAACGCCUGAAGGACCACCACAUUCCCGAGAUCACAUCUAUCAAGUAUGAGAACGAGUUUGUCGAGCCGCCUCGUCCAGUCUCAUGGUACCCCGACCAGCUCGCAUGGUCGAUGACCACCCCCAAGAACGUGAUCCGACGAUUCGCACCGUUCGCUUCUUUCCAAAAGUUCCUCGUCGCCGAGACCGACGUGGGAAACAUCAGUCGUCAAGAGAUUGUCAGCAUGAUCCCUCCUCUCCUCAUCGACGCCAGACCUGGCAUGACCGUCCUUGAUAUGUGUGCCGCUCCCGGUAGCAAGUCUGCGCAGCUUAUGGAGCUGCUGCACGCCGGCGAAGAAGACGCCGUCGCUCAAGUCACCGAGCAGGCGAAGAAUGGCAAUGCCGGACCCGAGCCUCUUGGCCCCGAGGGAUUGAACGAUGACGGCCGCAGCACCGGUUUGCUGAUUGCCAAUGACAGUGAUUACAAGCGCGCUCACAUGCUGAUCCACCAGAUGAAGCGCCUGAGCUCGCCUAAUCUGAUUGUCACCAACCACGACGCCACUAUGUUCCCCUCCAUCAAGCUGCCUCCCUUGCCCACUGAAGAUGGUAGCAAGCCCAAGAACAGAUACCUGAAGUUUGACCGUAUUCUGGCAGAUGUUCCCUGCUCCGGUGAUGGUACUGCCCGCAAGAAUGUCGGCGUGUGGAAGGACUGGACUCCCGGCAAUGCUCUGGGUCUCUACAGCAUCCAGUCUAGAAUUCUAGUCCGCGCUUUGCAGAUGCUCAAGGUUGGUGGCCGCGUUGUCUACUCGACCUGCAGUCUGAACCCCGUGGAGAACGAGGCCAUUGUUGCCACUGCCAUUGAGCGUUGCGGUGGUUCCGCCAAUGUCAAGAUCGUCGAUUGCAGCCAAGAGCUCACCGGUCUGAAGAGAUCUCCCGGUCUGCGCAACUGGAAGGUCAUGGACCGCGAGGGUCGCAUGUGGAACAACUGGGAGGAGGUCCAAGAGCACCGUAACCAGGAGGGUAUCAACGGUCUGGCCCGACUCGCCGAGGGCAUGUUCGCACCUAUCGGCGAGGCUGCCGAUUUGCCUUUGGACCGCUGCAUGCGUGUCUACCCCCACCAACAAGAUACCGGUGGUUUCUUCAUCACUGUCCUCGAAAAGACCUCUGAGAUCCGCGCCAAGCCCGAAAGCAGCAACGUCAUCCCUAAGGCUUCUGUUGCGGCUCUCGCUGCCGAGCUCGAUGCCAAGAAGGACGAGGCCGAUGGAAAGCCCCUGGAGAAGCUCGAGGCACUGGACGACCUUGUCACCCCCGACCAGGAGGCCGAGGCUGAGAUUGCUAAGAAUGCUACUGUCGCCGAGGCUGCUCACCAACCCACUUACGCUACUACCCUUGAUGAGUCGGCUCCUGUCUCCCUCCCCAAGCGCGAUGCUAGCGAGCUGGAGGAAGAGAUCCCCGCAAAGCGCACCAAGCUCGACGAUGGCAGUGAGGUUCUUGUCGGCGACCGACCUGUCCACGCACCUGCGCCGUCUGUGGGCACUGGCCUCGAGACCCCUGGUGACAGCACACCUGCGGCCUCCGCAGCUCCCUCGCAGCUGAAGAAGAAGGGACCCCGUCAAGAGGAGCCCUUCAAGUACCUUGAUCCUAACCACGAGGAGCUUGGUCCUAUUUACGAAUUCUACAAGCUGUCGGAGCGCUUCCCCCGCGACCGCUUCAUGGUUCGCAACGCCGAGGGUCUCCCCACCCGCACUGUUUACUACACUAGUGCUCUGGCACGCGAUAUCCUUGUCUCCAACGAAGGCCAGGGUAUGAAGUUUGUGCACUGCGGUGUGAAGAUGUUUGUCAAGCAGGACGCACAGCGCGAGAAUGUUUGCAGGUGGCGUGUUCAGACCGACGGCUUAAAGAUUGUUGAGCCCUGGUUGGGCGAUGAGCGCUCUGUCACCCUGACUCAGAGAGAAACUCUGCGUCGUCUCCUCGUCGAGAUGUUCCCCAAGGUCUCUGACGAUGGCUGGAAGGCUCUGGGUGAGAUCGGUGAGCGUGUCAAGGAUAUCCCCAUGGGUUGCAGUAUCCUGCGCGUUGAGCCCACUGGAAAGGAAGAUGGCAUUACCGAGCGCAUGGUGCUGCCUCUGUGGCGCUCCCUCCACUCCCUCAACCUGAUGCUCCCCAAGGAGGAGCGUCGGGCCAUGUUGCUGCGCAUCUUCAACGAUUCCACACCGCUCAUCAACACCACCUUCAAGAAGGAUGCCGAUGCCGAACCGACUGCCGAGGCUGAGGAGGUUGCUCUGAAAGAUGAGAAUAUGGAGCUUGGACAGGAUGCUCAGGACGCCGUCGACGAGCGGGAAACAUACACCAAGGACGGCGAUGAAGAGGACCGCUUCAACACCACCGUCUAG